AUGCCGCCGCUCUACUUCUCCUCCUUUGAGGUCUCCCGCCAGGCGUUCUACCGCGUCCGCCUCGCCGCCGCCAUCGUCAACCUCAAGCCCAUCGUCCCCGGCCACAUACUCGUUAUCCCCACGCGUCCCGUCCCGCGCCUCGCCGAUCUGGAGCAUGACGAGCUCGCGUCGCUCAUUGCAUCGGUGCAGCACGUCGGGCGCGUCAUCGAGCGCGUCUUCGCCGCGGACGGACUCACCAUCGCUUGCCAGGACGGGAAAGCGGCGGGGCAGACCGUCCCGCACGUGCACUUCCACCUCCUCCCGCGCAAGACGGAGGGGGACGCGUUCCCGAACAACGACGACGUAUACCCCGCGCUCGCCCAUGCAGAAGGCGCACUUCCUGGUGCCCUCGCACUACGGCAAGAGCAGUCGGUGCCGCUGCCCACGCUCGCGGAAGACAUGGAGACAGAAGCGCGCUGGCUCGCCACGUUCUUCGAGCCGUCCGGCGUAGAUGUGUAG